AUGGCUACACCAAAAGAUUUAGGGAAUAAAGGAAUGCAUUCUCAAGUCUCAAUAUACAAGGAAAAUGAUAUAUAUAAAGCUGCUCUAUUGCAGUGGCGCAUGCAAAACAUGAAUGGUGGUGUCAAUGGGCGUAGUAAAAGGGUUUGGAGGGACCACAAUCAUCACCGGUUCCCUCCAUUUACACCUAAAGAGUGGAAAAAAAAUGCUGUCCAAAACAUUGGAGAGAGAGUGACUGAAAGGUCUUUCUAUAUAAAGUUUGCACCUUCACAAACUCUCCCCAGCUCCACUAUAGACUAG